GGAUCACAGUAUCCAGCCCGGCAAAGGUUACAGACACGAACAACGACGCUAACAUUCACGUGAUGCUGUCUGAAGUGGUGCAGGUGCUGCGUGGAGCAGGUAAAGUGGGCUCUGCUCUGCUGAGCACGCAGGGGGAGCAGCUCUGCCUCGUGACCUCUAACUCCAGUCUGGGAGCAGGGCUGAAAGUCGCUCAGGGUCUGGUGUGGGGUCCGGUGCGUGGUCUGCUGGACCCCUUCAUGGGAGCCAGUAAUGAGCCAGACUCAGUAAAGGAAGACGUGUUUCCUGAUGCAGAAGGUUGGGAGAACAUGGACGUGGAUGAAGCAGCUCAGUGGGCUGGUGGCUCUGACGCCUCCUCUGAUGCAAUGCAACAAAACCACACAGAAGCUGGAGCUGCAGUAGAUAUGUCAUCAGACGUACAUCCACCCUCAGGUGGCGCAGGAGGAGGGGCCAGCUGGCCGAGGCAGAAUGCGCGCUUCCUUCACACCGCAGUUUCACACGUUCACAGGUUCCACUGCCAGACCAGGUCUGUGCACGACACUGUGGAGGCCAGACUCACGGCAGAGGACAUCCAGAAGGCCAGGGAGUCCAAGCAGUCCCGGGUCAAACCUGUGAGACAGAAGUUAAGUGACCGUGCAAAAGAGAGCAAGGUGCCUGCCAGUAGAAUCAGCAGGCUCGCUAACUUUGGAGGACUGGCAGUGGGGCUGGGACUGGGUGCCAUCGUAGAAGUGGCAAAACAGUCACUGGGAGGCAAACAAACGGGAGACACGAGCGCUCUGCUGGACUCUGUCCUCCUGUCCGAGGCCAACGCCGAGCGAAUAGUCAAUACUCUGUGUAAAGUCCGCGGAGCCGCGCUGAAGAUCGGACAGAUGCUGAGCAUUCAAGAUAACUCCUUCAUCAACCCCCAGCUGCAGAGGAUCUUUGAGCGCGUGCGACAGAGCGCAGACUUCAUGCCCACGUGGCAGAUGAAUAAGGUUUUAGAGGAGGAUCUGGGUCCUGGAUGGAGAGACAAACUGUCCUCUUUUGAAGACAAACCAUUUGCUGCUGCUUCCAUUGGCCAGGUGCAUCAUGGGGUAUUAAAGGAUGGUCGUGAAUUAGCCAUGAAGAUUCAGUAUCCUGGAGUAGCAGAGAGUAUCCACAGUGACAUCAAUAAUCUCAUGUCUGUGCUGAAGAUGAGCGUGGUCCUGCCCGAAGGUCUGUUUGCUGACAGCAGUCUCGAGGUUCUUCAGCGGGAGCUGGUGUGGGAGUGUGACUACAAGAGGGAAGCAGAGUGUGCCAACAAGUUCAAGUCUCUGCUACAAGGGGAUGACUUCUUCCAAGUCCCCGACGUGAUUGAUGAGCUGUCAGGAAAGAGGGUUCUGGCCAUGGAUCUGGUACACGGAGUCCCACUAGACCACUGUGUAGACCUGGACCAGGAGACCAGGAACCAGAUCUCCUUCAGGAUCCUCCAGCUGUGCCUCAGGGAGCUGUUUGAGUUCAGGUUCAUGCAGACGGAUCCAAACUGGUCCAACUUCUUCUACAACUCAGAGACCAACAAGGUUGUUCUGUUGGACUUUGGAGCAUGCAGAGAUUACCCACAGUCCUUCACAGAUGACUACAUACAGGUGGUGCACGCUGCUUCAGUGGGGGAUCGAGCGACUGUUCUUUCCAAAUCAAAGGAGCUGAAGUUCCUGACAGGCUUUGAGACGAAGGCAUUUGAGGACGCCCACGUUGAGGCCGUGAUGAUCCUCGGUGAAGCCUUUGCUUCCUCGGAGCCUUUUGACUUCGGCACCCAGAGCACCACGCAGCGCAUCCAGAGCCUCGUCCCCGUCAUGCUGCGCCACAGGCUCACCCCGCCUCCUGAGGAGACUUACUCCCUGCACCGCAAGAUGGCCGGCUCUUUCCUCAUCUGCUCUAAGCUGAAGGCACGUAUACCAUGCAAGGACAUGUUCCUGGACGUGUACAAGGCCUACAAUCACAGGAAGCAGGCGGCGCAGGCGGCGCAGGCCAGAGCGUAAACCCUCAGGAACAAGGUUACGACCACACUAAGCUGAGGGGCUUCUGUGAAGAGGAACCCAAGGAUCGAUUCAUGAAUUCACACGCGUUUAUGUCAAUAUGCAACUGACUGUAUGACAGAAUGCUCGAGUGAAUGUGAAAUUGAAAAUUUAGUUUAUUCAAAACUAAAUCAUUGUUCUAAACCAUCACUCAUACUAAUGUAAUAAUACAUUAAAAAUGGAUUAAGGAUUAAGGAGAAUGUCACAGUACACACAGUAUCAACUAUAACCAACUUGACUUUUUAAAAAAGCAAGCUAUAUUCCCUUUCUGUUGCCAUGGUUGAAGUGAAAGAAUUGUUACGUCCUGCUCGUGUGUGUUGGUGAGAAAAGAAUGGGAUUUCCUGUCAUUGAGGACAGAUAAUGGGCCCAGUAGUGCCUGUAUAAUAACACUGUUGACACACAAGUGCUGUCCUUAUCAGAGGAAUUAGUGAAAGCAGUCUGAAGAUAAUAACUGAUCAUGGUUUUACAUUGUGACACUCCAUAACUGACACCAUCAUUUAUUACUUUGUAGGUUUGACACUUUGUAACAUAAAAGACGGCAUGCUUUUAUUAAACAAUAUAAAAUGGAGAACAUA